GCCACUUGGACCGAACCUGGGAAAGGGAUGAACGCCUUUCGAGUAAAGGACGACUUCGAAGGCUCGAAGCUGGCCGCUGACGGGGACGACAGCAUGGACGCAAACUACUACAACAAGAUGCUGCGGAAGAAGUACGCUAUCACUCGAGGGCCCCGUCCGCAGGUCCGACCCGAGCGACACGAGAAAUGCGAGGACGACCGAGACUGCAGGCGUUCGCCGAGCCAGAUCUGCAUCAAGCACGCAGGCGAGGUGAACGGCCGUUGCCAGUGCCCCUUCUACCGGCCCGUUGAAGCCACCUUCAACGGCGUCGUGCGGUGCGUCACUGCCAAGGACCUGUUCGACGAGUGCCGAAGCAACGAGGAGUGCGCGGCCACCAACCCGUACCUGGAGUGCGUCAACCGGCUCUGCUCCUGCCAGCCUCCUCACGUCCUCAAAGACCACGCGGAAUGCAUAGGCGGUGAGCGACACUGGGUUACUCCGUUACUGCGUAACAUUGGUUGAGUGAUUUCACUGACGUAAUGUUAAGUUUCGCGAAUAGCCAGUGUCUAAUCUUCGUAGAUACGUGAAGAAAGGUGGUUAGCUCUCGUGGAGACCAGCUGGCUGCUUGCGGUAGGAAAUGGCUGAAGGAAAUAAAAUUCAAU